AUGUUUCCAAUCCAGGCUUUGCUACACUCGCAUCUUAUAUCUUCUGCUCACAGGAGGUUGACAGUUUUAUGCCCAUGGUGUCUAGGCAGAGAAAAGACGUUUACAAGAAUCCAUGACUUAGAGGUCCAAGUCAGGACAACACAUACAUUUGUAGUUGUCACAAAGGACAAAUUUACGAGAGCAAAUGGAUUUUACCUUGCAAAGCAUCCAAAGGAUUACGCGAGGAUUGUGGACAAAAUAGGGCCUUAUGAUUCAGAUGUUGCACGUGAGGCGAGAAACGCGGUUAGGACAUGGGCUGAGAGCUUUGAUGAUAGUGAAGUUAGAGCUGAUAAGUGGAAUACAGGAUGGAAAGCUGGAGUAGAAAUAGCUAGCAGUAAGGCUAAACCUAGUAAGAGUAGGAGUAUUUCAAGGGAAAAAUCAACAGGUGCAGAUAGCCGAAGAGUUGUGGAGAUACAUGACAGGGAUGAUAAUAGAAGAAGCAGAGACUUUGAUAAUGCUGAAAAGAGAGAUGGGAGAAAUGAAAGUCGAAAGUUUGAUACUGAGAAGGGGAGAGAUGAAGAUCUGCGAAAUGAUAGUGAGCGCCGAGGGACAGAUACCGGUAGAGAUAGAGACCGAGAGAUGAACAUUAACAGAGACAUAGUGACGACUACCAAUAGAGAAAGAGAUAGAGGGACAGAUACUAGUAGAGAUAGAGAUAGGGAGACGAACACUGAGAGAGAUAGAGAGACAGACACCAGUAAAGAAAAACACAGGAAGAUGAACAUUAACAGAGACAGAGUGACGACUACCAAUAGAGAAAGAGAUAGAGGGACAGAUACAUGUAGAGAUAGAGAUAGGGAGACGAACACGGAGAAAGAUAGAGAGACAGACACCAGUAAAGAAAAACACAGGGAGAUGAACACCAACAGAGAAAGAGACAGAGUGACGAAGGAUAUCCACAAAGAAAGAGAAAGAGAUGCAGAUACAAUUAGAGACAGAGAUAGGGAGAUGAACACCGACAAAGAUAGAGUGAUGAAUACCAACAGAGAAAGACAUAGGGUGACGAAUACCCACAAGGAAAGAGAUAGAGAGAAUGAAAGCCGUAAAGAUAAGGAAGCAGAAAGCAGUAGAAGCAGAGAGACAGAUACCAGUAGAGACAAAGGGGCAGAUAGCAGUACAGACAGAGAGACAAAUACUGAUAGAGACAGAGUGAAGAAUACACGUAGAGAAAGAGAUAGCGAGAUAAAUACAUAUACAGACAGAGACAAAGCUAAAAAUACCAAUAAAUACAGAAAGACUGAUACACAUACGGAGAGAGAGCGAGAGACGAAUACCAAUAGUGACAGGACUGGCGAUAAGGAGGGGGAGAAUAGUAUGAAACGGGAUCGAAGUAAUGCAGAAGAGCAAAGGUAA